AAUGAAACCAGCGUGUUAUUUAAAAAAAGUUGGACCCUAUAGUCUUAUAAGAGAAAUUGGUUCAGGUAAUUAAUUAAUAGAAUUUAGGAUCUUUUGCAAGAGUAUUUAGAGGGAAAAUGGAUGGUAGAUAAGAAGAUGUAGCAAUAAAAAUGAUUUCUAAAUAAAAUGUAAGAAAUGAGAGUAUGUCAAUGAUUGAAAAAGAGAUUGAAAUAUUGAGAUAAUUGGAUCAUCCAAACAUUAUAAAAUUGAUAGAUUUUAAGAGGACAUAGAAUCAUUAUUAUUUGGUUUUUGAAUAUUGUGAGAAUGGAGAUUUAGAUGCAUAUAUAAGGUAUUAGAUUAUUUUUAAAUAAAAAUUAGGAAAUAUUCUCCUAAUGGUAUAUUACCAGAAGAAGAAGUAAGAAGGAUAGUAUAAUAAUUGGCAUUGGCAUUACAAUAAAUGUAUAAGUUAAGAAUAGUACACAGAGAUUUAAAAUUGGCAAACAUUCUAGUAUCAAAGAAUUUUUAAGUAUAAUAGUUAUUAAAAUAGUUUAGAUAAAAUUGGCAGAUUUUGGAUUUGCAAAGUAUAUGGAAGAUGAUUAAUAUUUAACAUCUUAUUGUGGUACUCCAUUGACAAUGGCUCCAGAGAUUCUAUAAAGAAAGUAAUAUAAUGAGAAAUGUGAUGUGUGGUCAGUUGGUGUAAUUAUUUAUUAAAUGAUAUAUGGUAAAUCUCCUUUUAUUCCACCUAAAGGAGGUAAUAUUAAUGAUUUAAUUGCUAUAAUCAAUAAAGGAGAUUUACAAUUUCCUGAUUUAUUAAUUACUACAAAAUUGAAAGAAUUACUGUUAUAAAUGUUACAAUAGGAUUUUAAAAAAAGAAUUAGUUUUAGAGAUUUCUUUGAACAUAGUUGGUUGUAAGGAGAAGUUAAAGCAGACUAUAUAUAAAGCAUUAAAUAAGAUAUUUAAGAAAAUCUUACUGAAGUAACACCAGUUACUCAUCAUAAAGUUAGUGAAGAUAUUUAGGAUGAAGAAAUCUUUAAUGAUAAAGAUGAUAGUACAAAUGAAGUUUUUAAAGAUUUAUAAUUAAAAUAUAUUGGUUAUCAAUUACAAAAGUAGGCAUUGUCCUAUUUAGAUUUGAUGUUUGAAGAAAUAAAUAAAAUCAAAUCAUUAUGCGAUAAACUUUAGAAUUAUAAAGUUAAUUUUUAGUUUCUUCAAAAUCGUUUAUUGAGUUUAUCUUUGGCUAUUAGAAUAUAUGAGGCAUUUCUAAUUAAGUAGGUCAAUGAAUUUAUGAAAGAAUAAAUUGUAGUAUUGCAUACUUCAUCUAGCAAUAGUUCUUUGAUCAGUCUUUAGAUGAAAAGACCAUUUGUUGCUCAUUAAAUUACAAUGUAGAAAGAAAUCAUUGAAAUUAAAAAUUAUUUCAAAGAUAAUUAAAUGAUAAUGAAUCAAUUUGAAUAAUGUGGUUAUUGCAUAGCUGAUAACAUCUUUGAUGAAAUUCUAGAAUUGUUAAUGAAUUUAAUAGAACAUUAAUAAUACAUUGAUUAAGAUAUCUUUACUUAAUUGAUUUAGUUGUUAUAUUCAUUUAAUUAUUCAUAACCUUAAUUACUUUAAGUUGAAUUGUACAUGAAAUUGUAAACAGGAAAUGAUAUGAAUUAUUAUUGGCACUUAUUCAAAUUAGUUAGAGUUAAUCAAAAACACAUUGCAGAUUCAAUUGAAAAUUAAAUAGUCUGUGAGAACAAUGAUCUAGAUAAAAAAUUAUAAUUUGAAUGGAGAUUAGUAAAAGAUGAUUCUGAAGAAGCUUAAGUAUCAUUUACUAAGGAAGAGAUUGAUAAAUUAUAAGACUUACUAAAAGAAGAAUAUACCAAAAGGGAUAUACGUUAAUAAAUAUAAUGAUAAUU